UAACAGCUAAACUGGAGAUCAGAUAAAGGAUUUAAAACAAUAUCACCCUGUGUCGUUAUCAGUUAUCUCGGUAGGCCCGCGCCCCAUAUAAGUAAAUGGCGCUCUCGGCUCGGCUAUUGUUCACACUCCUGACUCCACGAGCUGACAGAAGAAAAAUGGCGGCCACAGAUGUUAAAUCCCCAAUAUCCAUGAUCGACCCGUCGCAACUCCUGCGACCGGAACCCACGUUCCACGACAAGCCUCUGGACGCCUUCCGCGACUACUCCGUCGACGACGCCGACCCGAUCAAGGAGCGCGUGCGCAGGACCUACUACACCAUGCACACUAACGUCACCGUGGACCUUGUCAAACAAAAGCGCGAAAAGUGGCUCAAGUUCAACCACUUCAAGGCGACCAUCAAGGAGGCGCUGACGAAGCUGAACGAGCUGGUGGACGAGUCCGACCCCGACACCGACCUGCCCAACAUCGUGCAUGCCUUCCAGACGGCUGAGAGGAUCCGAGAAGACCACCCUGAUGAUGACUGGUUCCAUCUAACUGGAUUGAUCCAUGAUUUGGGAAAGGUGAUGGCGUUCUACGACGAGCCGCAGUGGUGCGUGGUGGGCGAUACGUUCCCCGUGGGAUGCCGCUGGGCGAAAUCCAUCGUGUACGGGCCUGAGAGCUUCAAGGACAACCCCGACACAUACAACCCUAAAUACAACACAGAGAACGGCAUGUACCAGGCGCGCUGCGGGCUGGACGCGCUGCUGAUGUCGUGGAGCCACGACGAGUACCUCUACCAGUUCCUGCUGCACAACAAGGCUAAACUGCCCGAGAAGGCGCUCUAUAUGAUCAGGUACCACUCGUUCUACCCGUGGCACGCAGGCGGCGACUACCGCCACCUCACCAAUGAGAAAGAUGAGCAAAUCCUGCAAUGGGUGCUAGAAUUCAACAAAUACGACCUGUACACGAAGAGCGAAAAGGUCCCGGACAUCGACGCCCUCUGGCCGUACUACGAGGGACUAAUCGACAAGUACAUUCCCGGGGUACUGGAGUGGUGAUUUCUUAUGGGUACAGCAAGUUUGACCAAGAUUGUCUUUAAGUACAGCUAGAUUGACCAUCCACUCGUAUUUUUUAUGCAAGGGUUAUUGUCCUACCAGUAAAUUUGUAGAUGAUAUCUCAUAAGUGGUACAUACAGUGCAUAAGUUUUGAUUUGACUUUAAUAACCUAUCUCACAAUAUCCAAUUUUUUUUCUCGUCUGUCU